UUUGAAUGUGUUUUGGUCUCUUGUAGGUCAUUCCCAAAGACUACAAAACAAUGGCGGCUCUGGCCAAGGCAAUCGAGAAGAACGUUCUGUUCGCUCAUCUGGAUGAUAACGAGAGAAGUGAUAUCUUCGAUGCGAUGUUCUCUGUCACCUACAUCGCCGGGGAAACGGUCAUACAGCAAGGUGAUGAAGGUGAUAACUUCUACGUGAUCGACCAGGGGGAGAUGGAUGUGUAUGUGAAUAACGAGUGGAUGACGAGCAUCGGGGAGGGCGGGAGUUUCGGAGAAUUGGCUCUGAUUUAUGGAACACCGAGAGCCGCCACCGUGAGAGCCAAAACCAACGUGAAGUUGUGGGGAAUUGACCGGGACAGUUACCGGAGGAUCCUCAUGGGGAGCACGCUGCGCAAGCGCAAGAUGUACGAAGAAUUCCUCACCAAAGUCUCCAUCCUAGAGUCCUUGGACAAGUGGGAACGGCUGACGGUGGCGGACGCUCUGGAGCCGGUUCAGUUUGAAGACGGACAGAAGAUUGUGGUGCAGGGGGAGCCUGGGGACGAGUUCUUCAUCAUUCUGGAGGGUACUGCGGCCGUGCUCCAGCGCCGCUCGGAGAACGAGGAGUUUGUGGAAGUCGGCCGGCUGGGUCCUUCAGAUUAUUUUGGUGAGAUUGCCCUUCUGAUGAAUCGGCCCCGAGCAGCCACUGUGGUGGCCCGUGGGCCCCUGAAAUGUGUGAAGUUGGACCGCCCCCGCUUUGAACGGGUCCUGGGGCCCUGCUCCGACAUCCUGAAGAGGAACAUCCAGCAGUACAACAGCUUUGUGUCAUUGUCCGUCUAGGGCCCCGCCGUCCCUCCACCACUGCACCGCUUUACCACGCCGCCACCAUCCCCCACACCCACAGAGGGGCAUUGUGGGUAGUCUGCUUGCAGUCACAUUUCUCUCACUUUGGCCCCCGGCUGACUCCAUAUUGCUGCACGCAAGGAAAGUGCUGUGACCGCUUGUGUGUGCGGCUCGUGUGAUUGGGUGUUGUAGCGAGAGCGGGGGAUCGCUUCUUCUACACCGGGGGGGGGGGGGGGGGAGGCUUUUUUUAUUGGACGAUGUUUGUAUUACUUGUGUAGCUUCUGUCCUGUCUGUCUUCUAUUUUCCGAUGGAUGGUAGAUGGGGGGGCCACAGAGAGGCCACGGGGGGGUGGGGAA